AUGACCAGCCGACGAGUCUUGAGCAUCCAGUCGCACAUCGUCUCCGGCUACUGCGGGAACAAGGCUGCAACAUUCCCUCUCCAGCUCCUCGGCUUCGACGUCGAUGUCAUGAACACCGUCAACUUCUCCAACCACACCGGAUACCCUUCUUGGACAGGAGAGAAGGCAACAGGAGAACAGCUCACAAAACUUUUUGAGGGGCUGCAGACCAGUGGUCUGGUCGAUUACACUCAUAUUCUGACGGGAUAUAUCGGAAGUUCCCAGAACCUGGCGGCUGUGACGGACAUCAUUGCCAAGCUUGAGGAUCAUGGAAGCCCAUUCUUGGUGCUGGAUCCGGUCAUGGGUGACAACGGUCAACUCUAUGUCCAGUCGGAUGUGAUCCCUCUCUACAGGGAACUUAUGAAAUUCGCCAAGGCCAUUACUCCAAACCAAUUCGAGGCUGAGGUCCUGGCAGACAAAAAGAUCACGGAUGUGAAAUCGUGCAUGGAAGUCAUUGAUAUCCUGCAUGACGCAGGAGUGGAGAACGUUGUCAUCACAUCCGUCUCUCUUUUCCCUAGCGAUGUUACUGCCCACCAUGCGGUCGGACAGAAUGGAGAUACAAGCAAUGGAACAAGCAAGAGGGAGGAGGCUGAAGAAGAGUCCAUGUACUGUGUUUGUAGCAGCCGGCGCUCAAAGGACGAUACCCCAAGGGUGUUUGCAAUUGGAUUCCCUACCUACGACGGAUACUUUACAGGAACAGGAGACUUGUUUUCGGCCCUACUGGUCGCAAGAUUGGACGAGGCUGUUCAACAAGAGGCUGGAUCCAGUCUGGAGGGUCAGGAGAAAUCAGAUCACGGAGCAAAGAUGGAAACGGCACUGUCGAAAGCAUGCAUUAAGGUUGUAGGUACGAUGCGUGCGGUCGUGUUGAGGACCUAUCAGGCUCAGAAGGGAUCCACUGGGCGAUCGUUGGACAGGUCUCUGGCAUCGUCAGCGGCGGUGGUCAAGAGAUGUGAGCUUCAAUUGAUCCAAAGCAAGAGGGAUAUUGAGCAGCCAGACGAGACUGAUGUCGAAGCCAUUGAGCUGAGGAGGUAG